CCCCUUCCGGUGGGUCAAAGCGUUUUUUCAUUUGCAGUUGGGCUGAGUGAUUUGAUGACGUGGAUGGGCUUGUUGCCCCAGUGUGUUUUUUAAAUGUAGUUGUGCUUAGUUUUUCUGUUCAGGUGUCCCGCACUCCAGGGCCGUCGCCCACUGCCUCAAAAUGUUGACGGACAUCAUUUUGGAGGAAGAGUUUGAGAAGAAUGGAGAGUCUUGGUACAACCCUCAGGACCUCGAACACGAUCUCCAUCUGGCCGCGGAGCUGGGGAAAACCCUCCUCAACAGGAACCAUGACUUGGAGCAGGCUCUGCAGCAGAUGUACUCCACCAACCAGGAGCAGCUGCAGGAGAUAGAGUACCUGAGCAAACAGGUGGACCUGCUGCGUCAGAUGAACGACCAGCAUGCCAAAGUGUACGAGCAGCUGGACAUAGCCGCCAGAGAUCUGGAACAAAGCAACCAGCAACUAGUGCGAGACAACCGCCAGGCCCAAAACAAGAUCCAAAGUCUAACAGAAACUAUUGAGGCUCUCCAGACCCACAUGGAGGACCUGCAGACCCAGGUGGAGGAGCUAAAGGCCAUCCAGGCAGAGCAGAACAAGAGGGAUCUGGCAGAGCAUCGCCGCAGCCUGGGCGCGCAGAGUGUGUCCUGCCUCAAAGAGCUGUAUAAAUUACAACAAGACGGGUUUUCAGCCAACAGCAAUGGAUUCUGGUCACCUCAGAGCUCGUUCUGUGACAGAGAUCGACACCAGAACCCAGAGGAGGAGAAUCAAGCUCUUCAGCGCUCCAUCCAAACCCUUCAGAGGCAGAUCGCCGCAGAGCGAAGCCGCAGGGAGGCUGCAGAGCAGGAGAUCGAGUUGACUUCCAAAGAGAACAGCAGCCUGGAGCAGCGGCUGGCCCUGCUGGUGGGCUGCCGGGCCCGGCAGAAGGAGCUGGAGGAGGAGGUGGAGCAGCUGCGGCUUCUUUGGCGCGCCGACUACGCCAAGAGAAGACCUGACCAGCUUCUGCUGCCAGAAACCGUCUUCUUUGCUUCAGAGGAGAGGCCAAGUGUGGAGCAGAGCGAGACGGAGGACAAAGGGGGGAAGGCGGAGGAGCCGAGCAGACCCAACAAGCAGAGGCGCCACAGCGACAGCAUUUUGAGAGCAGCGACCGCAGACGACAUCCGCCGGGGUCAUGAGCAGCUGUGCAUCAGGCGGGCGGAGGCCGUCAAACAGAGGGGCAUCUCUCUACUCCAUGAGGUGGACGCACAGUACAGCGCCCUGCAGGUGAAAUAUGACGAGCUGCUGCGGCGCUGCCAGCAGGCCACAGACGAGCUCAGCCACAAAGCCGUCCAGACGUCCGGCGGCCCCUCCGCAAGCAUGCGGGCACGUCGCCGCCUGUCCAGCUCCGCCGCAUUAUCAGAUCUGAUGUUUGCUCUUGAGGAUGGCCAGCAGCCCGAGUACAAGGCUCUCUUCAAGGAGAUCUUCACCUGCAUCCAGAAGACCAAAGAGGACCUGAGCGAGAGCAGGCGCUCGGGCAGGGAGGGAGAUGUCCAGGAGUCUGCCAACUGAAUGCUGGACGUCAUUUCAGGACUUUUUGUCGUCAUUUUCUGUGAAAGGCUGAGACAGGAGAAGCACUGGGGUUUCUUAGCUCUAAAAAGUACCCAAAGGGUGCAGUUGCUACAUGGUCAUUACAUUUAAGAUGCGCAGCCUAUACUUCUGUUAGUUUGCACUUUUUUGUCCGUCCCUAUCAUUUUUUUUUAUAAAUGUUAUUAGAGGUUAAAGCUGUCUGAUCUUUGAUAUAAUAAGUAAUUACAUACAACUAAAGAAGAUAAAAUAAGUAAACAAUAUACAAUUAUAAACAGUUAAUACAUAAUUAACUUUGAGGUCAUUAAAAUGCUAUUUAGUAUGUUGCUUGAGUUAUAUAUCCAGAGGUAUUAUGUCCAAUGUGUUCAUAUUAGUGUCCACUUGGCUGAUUGGUGAUGGGAGGAGAAAGGCACAUGGAGGAGAAACACUUUUGGUGUGUUACACAUGAAUGAAACAGAAACGUUGGAAUGUUGUAAUAGGAUAAAAAAAAAAAACGGUAAAAAUGUUAUCAAGAAUUUAUAAUAACUAGCUUAGCAGCUAGUGUGCGUGGGUCAUUGGAAGUUGGAAAUUGUUUGAUGGGAGUGAGGGUCGCAGGCACAUCACCAGAGAAAAUGGACACUGGAAACAGCUGCUUUUUGUUUCCAUGAGUCUCUGUACCUUAAACAGAGGACCACAAAUCUAUUUUUAUUUAUUUAUCAACACAAGAUUACUGUUUAUUUAUUUUCAUCAGUGUGUUUUUUUUUUCUACAAAUUGAUCAGUAACCAGAGAGAAAGCCUAAAAACUAGAUUCUCCUUUUUUAAAAACUAAAAGUUGUGCUAAUUGAGAAUUCAUAAUGUUUAAAGCAGCAGUGUAAAUACUGUAGAAGCUCUGUCAAAAGGUUAUUUGAAAAAAUUAAAAAAACUGUUUACUUCCCUUGUUACAUGGUGCUCAUAGGAGAGAAGAUACAAAAUGACCAAAUUGUCGCUGUAAAAUACAGUUUAGAUGUAUUAGAUGUCCUCCAUGAAGACGCUUGUUUUUCUUGCUACUAAUUAAUAAAAUGAUUGCUUUCUCAUUUCCCAUUUCUUUUCUUAAUGUCUUUAGGUUAUGCAAGCAAUUAUUGGCCUUUCUUUGUUUUUGUGUGUUUUACAUAACUGAGAUUUUCCAGCCUGUUCCAAAUGCCAAAUCCUCUGAACUUCCAAACAAAGGGCUUGCAUUCCAUGCUAACUUAGACAGGUCUCAGCAAAACCUGAGCAUGA